GCUGCAUUGAACUAAUAUAAAAGCGUGACCGCUUACCUAAUCCACAUUUUUUUACAAGCUUGAGUCGUUUCACCACAUAUUAAAGAACACUCAAACUUUAAUACCACCGAUUUGAUCUAAAUAUAUCGAUAGUUAACUCGUAUUCUGGAAUAUUCCUCCACGUGUGCCUUUCUCAUUGUUGCUCAUACGCCGUCUAUGCUCCGCAGUGUGCGCAGUCGUGCCAAGCGCAAGGAUGAGCCCCGUGUCCUCAUCCUCGGCCUGGACAACGCGGGGAAGACGACCAUUUUGAAUAUGCUCCGGCAGGUGGCGGAGAGCCCUUCGGCGACCGCGCCGGAGGGCCCCACACAGGGCUUCAACACGAUGGAGCUCACCCGCGAUGGGGUCCACCUGCGGCUCUGCGAUCUUGGCGGGCAGCGCUCGAUUCGGGAAUUUUGGAAGGACUACUACGAGAACACCGAUUGUGUGGCGUAUGUCGUCGACUCGUCGGAUAUCCGUCGUUUAGAGGAGUCCUGCCAAACCUUUCAGGAGGUUUUGGAAAGCAUCCCAAAUGUUCCGGUAUUGGUCUUUGCGAACAAGCAGGAUCUCGCCACCUCGAAAACCCCAGAAGUAAUAGCCUUGGCGCUCAAACUUGAGGAGCAUCGGGAACGCAAAUGGCAGAUUCAAGGCUGCAGCGCCAAAACAGGCGAUGGACUCAAUGAGGGCUUUCAAUGGAUUUCUUCCAUAUGUAUAGUGAACCCUUGAUAACUAACCAAGAGUUCUGUUAAGAGCCGAUAGAGAAACUCAAAGACCUAAUGACCUUGACUAUGUGACUGUAGUUUGUUAGAAUUAUAUCCCGAAAAACUUCGAGGCCUGUACCAAAGAAGAAAUAUUUGAAUUAUCAAAUUGAAUGUCUUACUGCUGUUCAGUAAUGUGAAUAAGGGGAGGGGAAGAGGGAGGAGGAAGAUACGUAUCCGCCGUUUUCUUCUUGUGUUUUUAAACUAUUAAAUCCUCCUUUUUCAGAAGAAACCAAGAGGAUAUUCUGAAGUUUCUUGUAUUCCGAUUUGUCGUAUUUCUAAUGCCAGCAUUUUUCUUCUAAAGGAGGUUAUAAUUUACAUUAAAGUAUUGACAUUUAAUUCAAUCUAUCCUCUUAAUACACACUAUGACUAUCGUUGCUACUGCUCUAAAUUUUAUUGUCUUGCCAUGAGAAGGUAUUUCUUAUUAUAAUUAUUAUUAUAAACUAUCAACAUUACACCAGAAAGACCGCUAUUCCAGCAUAAGCAAUUCUAACAAAUUUAUACAUGAGUUGUUGUUAAACAGCAACUCGGAGUAUUUACUAAGCUAUUUAUCUCCCUAUUCGCAUUUCGCUUACCUAUACUAUGUUUAAGAAAUCAUUAGACAUUAUUUUAUUCUUUUUUUUUAAAUGACUAAAAUAACAUUUUAGGCUCUUUUUAUCCUCCCUUAAGCCAUAUGUGGCAGGACUGUUCUGGUGUGCAUAAAAAAAGAUAUGCAAGCAAUGCCAACCCUUAAAAAAAAAGUUACAUUGUCGGGUAACUAUCCUCAAUAGGCUCCAAUGACAAUGUUUAACUCCAAAAUGUUCUCUUACGAAAUUAGUUUGUGAGUCUUGAGUUAAUCUAUCGCACUGCUCUGUCGUGAUUGCUCAAAAACUAGGUUUUAUUGAAAUUGUAAGAUUAUUUGCUUCACGGUGAUUCUUUACUUGUGUUCAGCGUGGAAGUGCAUUCGGUUUGUACUGUCCUCAUGUGAACCAUAAUACCAUGCUCAGCUGCGUCUUCCACUCUUGGUUAUGAAAUCUCACCGCAGUUUGUCCUUUUCUGUGCAUCUAGGAGUGGGAUUAACCUGCACAUUAAAAUCAGAAGGAAUCGUAUGGCAGAUGCAGUCAUAUGCGGUUUUACAGUGGAUUAUGGCGUCAUGAAGAAAAGGGUAAGGUUGAGGGAUGAAUAGCUUAGUUUUUUUUUCUGAUAGUCACAUUAGUUGAGCUAUACACGUAUUGUGCGGAUUUAUUCUAUAUCCAACUAAAAUGAUAAUGGUUUUAUUCUAUUUUUUGAUUUAGUCUCUAUGAAUCGUGAAUGAUGUAAUAAAAAA